AUGUUCUACUCAGAAGCCAUUCUCUCGAAGCGCUUGUCCAAGUCGCAGACACUGAACACGAGUAUCGAAAGAAGUGUAGACGCAAUCGUGAAUGAGGAGCAGGCUCCCAUGGCUCUGCGUCUGUCUAGUCAGCUUAUGCUGGGCGUAGUCCGUAUUUACUCGAGAAAAACGCGUUAUUUGUUGGAGGAUUGCACGGAGGCUCUGAUCAAAAUUAAAAUGGCGUUUCGCCCAGCAAAGCUCGACACCAUCGAGAAUCCCUCAUUGCUCAUUUCAAAAAAGGCAGAGACUGCUGCCCAGAGCGCAAGUCUCACGCUGCCGGAAACACUGACAGAAUUUGAUAUCCUGGCUCCCGACAUGUCCUUCGACGUUCAACUCUCACAACUGCUACACACUCCUCAGAAGGGUUUUGGUCCGCUCGACUUCAGCACCCUCCCGUCCACGCAAUCCCCUUCCUUCUCCUCAUCGUCCGUUGAAGUCGGCCGUGAUGCUGAACGCAGCGCGGGAAAUACGACGCUUGGAAACUUUUUGCCCAGCGACGACAGUAGUUCCAUUGGCGGUGCCAAUAACACAAUUCCCCUUCCUGGAACGCCGCAUUCGUUGAAUUCAGACGGUAAAAACUCGCACGUUUCAGUAGAAAUGGGGCGAGAAGCGGCAACCCUCUUACAAACAGAUCUCAGUGGUUUCUUGUCUCCUCACGCCGCUUCUCUCACACAUUCCCCCAGUAUCACAGGUUUAGGCACGCCUGUCAUGUUGCCCAUCGGUAACGAAGAAUUAGAGGGACAGUUGCUGGCUCCGGUGGAAGACUUGCAGCUGGACCUGGGACUUGACGACCUGGCAGACGCAGCAGAAGAACCGCUUUUCUCUGCCAACGAAGCUCCUUCUUCCGAUACCUUGGGCCCUAAUCCCCCCAGCAGCGACGGUCUUGGACCUGCGGAUGAAGGUGUGGGAGUCUUGCUUUCAGAGAUUCACGAGGACGACGGAACAGAAGUCGUCGCUACUGCUGCCGCUGCUGCUGCCGCCGCCGAUGUCACAGCAGUAUCCCCAACAAAAGCUGCCCCCCAAAAUGUUUCGGACACUGUUCAGGCAAACGAAAGUGUCAUCGACAAGCCGUCCAUGCCCCCUCCUUCUACCAUUCGAGUUCCUCGACGCAGAAAGGCCAUUGUUGAUCCGAUUACGGAGAUGUCGUCUCAGCAAAUAAAAAAGCAGCUCGCCAACACGUCUGCUAUUAAAGCUCCUCUUAAAGUUGUCCCUAAUAACCGUAUUGGUAUGAAUGCUUUAUUUAGCUUUGACAAGUCGGGGAACCUGUCUCAUGUCUUGGCCUCGUCUAAUUUGAACCCAUUAAUUUCGCAAUCACUUCGUGUCGAAUCACUAAAACGAUUGGCUGUGCGUUCUGCAAAGCGUAAGCUUGAAAGUGUCGACGAAGCUCCAAAUACACCAACAAAAUCCAGACGUGAAUCCAUUUCCUCGUCUCCAUCUCGUCCGCCUCAAACUGCCGAGCUUGAGGUAGCUCCUUUGGAAGCUGCCGAACAAAUCCAAGAGAAUGACGUCCAAACUCAGGCCGAACAGGAACAAAUUGCUCCUCCUUCACUCACAGUGCCGCUUCCUGUAAAUGAUGAAGAUCUUCCUCCUCUUGAACAACAGCUGCCACCAGCAUCUCCUGAGCAAGAGCAGCUACCCGUACUGCCACAGGACGCUCAACAGGAUGAUCUUCCCCAAGAAGCUGGUCUGCCUCCAUUGCCUAAUGUUUCUGCAGAGCUUACUGCUGAAGGAGCCAAUCCUAUUUACAUGCCUGAAUCCGACUCUACGGGUGGGCUUGGCGGUAGUGAUUUCGGUUUUGAAACAAGUCUUCUAAGUACACAAAACGCCUCGGAUUAUCUUCGGACAAAAUGGUAUCCUAGUGUCGAAGGUGAGACGAAAUCGUUUUCCGAGUUAAGUACUGGUUACAAGCGCGACGAAGCUGUGCAAUUGUUCUUUGACGUUCUGGUAUUAGCUACGAAGGAUGCUGUUAGCGUGCAGCAGGAUUCUUCGAAGGGCAACGAUUUUAAAAUUACCGCCAAGUCUGCUUUGCUUUCGUCCUUGUCUGGUUCUUUGUAA